AUGGGCUCGGGGUUUGCCCCCGUGCCUCUCCGGUUCUGGUCGAAUAAUAUAUGGGGCCUCAACACGCCUGAACGGAGGUCGCACCUGCUGCGCACCCUAUGGAUGGAGAGAGUGUGCAUCGCAUUCCUGCAGGAGACCCACUUUCGGGGGGAUACGAGCCCACCUAUGCGGGAUUCGAGAUACCCCCAUGGAUUCUACGCAAACCACCUGACAACCAAAAGUCGCCAUACUGCUAGCAAACACAGUACCGUUCGAGUGCACGGGAAAGAUGGCUGA